AUGCAAAUGACAAGGUUGAGUUCUACAAAACUGGAAGAGGACCCUCUGUACAAGAUAAAAUUAAUGAAUCUAAAGCAAAAUUAUUGGACCUUCUUGAGCCCCAGUUGGAGCCAAUUCCUUCUGAAUAUGAUUCUUCAGCCAAUUAUUUAUCCACAAGUAAUGUCAUAA